CACCCUCCAAACUCAUCAUCUACUGGGGAUCCUGAUGAUGCCAACACCUGCGACAAAGAAGUGCGGAUUUUCUAGCUUUCCUUCAUCGUUCUCAAGAUUUUACAACAAGCAAGCGCUCUCCUUAACUGUCUGCAGCAGUGAAAGACAAUAUAGAUAGACCACGGUGAUUUUGUAACUGCUGUCAUGAAGAUUAUCUCGGGUCUGUGCCUGCUAUUUUUGGCCGGGGGUUUGAGAGCAGUCCAUGCAGCUCCUUUCAGCAGGACAAGCAAGGUGGAGAACAAGGCUGCGCCGCAGGAAGACGUCAACGUGCUCAUGUUUGGCGUCAUACAGUUCAGCGAAUCGCUCAACUAUGUUUAUGAAACCACAGAGGCGAAGAUAGUUAAAAUCAGACAGACUUUAAGGAGCCAUGAGGGGACUCUAGAAAAACUGGAGAGGCAGACUGAGCAGGCUGCGGAGGUGGAGAAACAGAUAAAAGCCGCCAUAGAGUUGCUACAGGCCCAGAUGGCCAAGCAACAGGCUCAGACCAAGUUGACUAAAGACUGGCUGGCCAGCGUGGAGCAGGAAGAAGUGGAGCUCAAAACAAAAGUGAAGAAGCUGGAGAUGUAUCUCAACACCAACAUCAAAGAGCUGCAGAGGAGAGCAGAGGAGCAAUCCAACACCUUGAAAGGUUUACAGCAUUUGACCCAGUUUCAGAAACAGAACAUCGAGACUCAGAAUGAGCAGCUCUCCAAACUGCAGAGGAUGACUGAAGCUAUGACAUAGACCUUUACUUUCACCACUGAAGUCUCCCAGUCUACACCGCACUCCCUUCCAAGCCUACAGUGUGUGCUAUAGAUCUACUGCCAUGCUAGAAAAGAUUUUGUUAGUCCUCUUAUGAUUAUGUGCUUGUUGUCGCAGCUCUCUGUUUGUGUUCUCUUUGAUGCACUAGUUAACUUUGUUUUUAAACGGAGCCUAUCAAAUAAAGUUUUUUAAAUUAUUGGAUAA